UGCUUGUGAGAUUCGACGAACCGUGACGGUGACGGACGUGUUUCGGUUCGGGUGCUUUCCAUUGUAUAUUUUUGAAAGUGUUGCCGACUUUGACUGUGCGUUGCGUCACACAGAUGCGUGUCUGCGGAUGAGCUCGUCUCGAUUGUUCGUCAUUUUGCACUUUACGACGACUAGGGCUCUUGUGACGCGCGUUAUUGCGACGUGACGACGCCGUAGACGCAGGCGUCCGGAAACCGGUCGAGCAACGCCAUUUUCGCGGGCAUUGCACCGUUCGUUUUCAUAUUUUUGUACGGUUUACUUUAAAGACGUGAUCUGGUCGCAUCGACCUCCUAUUUCAUUGCUUGGAGGCUUGAGCCAUUAUUUAAGGAAGAAGAAGAGCUUUGCUUGUUGUGCUAUCAGUUGCGCCAGGCCGCCGACAGAUGGCGCUACCGUCGAGUGCUGCAAGCGGGUUGAAAAUCGCAUCAAUGGUGAAAACGCGAAAGCGAAAACGAACGAGUUCGGCGACAGAGACAAUAGAGUCGUCAAAGGAAUUCAACUUGAAGGAUUUAUCGAAAAAACAAAUUCUAAAAUGCAUUUCCGCGAUUUUUCAUAUGACUCAAGAACAAUUAAAAGAGACGACCAAUCUUCUCGCUGAGGAGGCUCAGCCAAUAUUUAUACAAGUGACUAGCGUUAAAGUGCCACAGAUGCCUCGUAGACAAAUGAGGAUACUGUUGCCGUAUUCCAUAGUGGCUCCAGAUGAUGAAGUAGCUUUAUUUGUUUGCGAUUUAGAAAAAGGAAGAAGAAAAGAUUAUGAACCAACAGUGGAACACUAUAGAAAUUUAUUAAACAAUCAUGGAUGCACCCGUGUGAAUGAGAUAAUACCUAUAAAUCGUGUGAAAACUGAAUUUGAUCAAUUUGAAUUGAAGAAAAAGCUUUUAUCCAGUUAUGAUCACUUUCUUGUUGAUGGUCGUAUUGCUGGCCAUAUGUGUCACUUAUUAGGAAAAACUUUUUCCAAAAAACGAAAGCUGCCAACUUCGGUCAGAAUGGAAAGCAAGGAUUUGAAGCACGAGAUCGAUUAUGCAUUAAGAAAAACCAGUAUGCACCUUCAUUCUCAUGGCGAUACUCAUUUGAUGCAAGUAGGGAACACAUCUAUGAAAAAGAAAAGAGUUUUGAAAAAUAUAUUGGCCACUUGUGAAGAAUUGUCCAAAAACUAUCCUGGUGGUUGGGUAAACAUACGAGCGCUCCGAUUGAAAGGCACAACCAGUCUAGCAUUACCUUUUUACAUUACGUUAAGGAGUAAAAACACUGUUGAUUCAAACACAAUUGUGGUACAGCCAAAGAGACCGAAAGCUUACCACGAUGUAGAAGGAGAGCUUUCAACAUUCGUAAAGAAUACCACAGUCAUAGUUAAACCUGAAGGCACAGUUGUUCUAAAAAAAGAACAGAUUAAGAAGAAAUCAAGUAAAAAAAUUGCGAGGAAAGAAGCUGAGAACUGAAUGGCAAUUCCGUUAUUUACAUUUUGAAAAAUCUUGUAAAAAAAUUAAGAAAAAUGGU